AUGUUGACGAUGGAGGCGUCGAUGGCGUCCUGGUUCUCGAGUCGGGAGGCCCUGGCGGCGAGGAGGACGGCCGCGUCCCGGUCCAGAUCUCUGGGGAAGACCUCGAUCAUGGCCUUGUCGACGGUGAGCUUGUUAAGGGUGAGGGUGCCGGUCUUAUCGCUGCAGAGGACGUCCAUACCGGCCAGCUCCUCGAUGGCCGUCAUCCUCUUCGUGAUGGCACCGUGGUUAGAGAGGUGGUGGGAGCCAAUGGCCAUGGUGACUGAGAGCACCGUCGGCAAGGCGAUGGGGAUGCCGCCGAUAAGUAGAACGAGAAGGUUGUCUAUGCCUUCCCUGUAA